AGCAUCAUCCACAUACAGACACCAAGAUGAAGCUGAUCGUCUUCGCUUGCCUGGCCGCCGCUGCCUUUGCCUUCCCUCAGAAUCCUGAAGGGGACGCAGAAGUAGUAUACGACGAGAGGACCGACCAGGGCGACGGCAACUUCAGGUACGCUUUUGAAACGACCAACGGCAUCACGGCAGAGAAGACCGGUGUCCCAGGAUCAGCUGGACAGAGCAACAUGCAGGGAUCAUUCAAGUUCCCCCUCCCUGAAGGUGGAUUCGUUGAAGUCACCUACGUAGCCGACGAAGCAGGUUACCGACCGGAGUCCGACGCCAUCCCCACCCCUGGCCCCCUCCCCCCACACGUGCUCGACCUCCUGGCCAUUGCCGAGCAGCAGCGAGCUGCGGGAGUGAAGUUCGAUGAGCAAGAUCUUAAAAACAGUAACUUUGGGUAUUCACACGAAAUGGUAGUUUGUAUUGGUUUCUUGAUUAUCAAUAUAAACACCACAGUGGUGCCUGAACGCCCAGGUGAAUGGAGUUUGUCCCUACCCCCUCGCUGGUAUAUAAAGGCUCGUAGCUACACUCAUCACCAUCACACACAUACACCCACAGUCAUCAUGAAGUCUGUCAUCUUCGCCUGCCUGUUCGCCGUCGCCCUUGCGGCCCCCCAACAGAACCCACUGGGUCGCGCUGAAGUUCUCGUCGACGAGCGAGUGGAUAACGGUGACGGAACCUUCCAGUACAACUUCCAGACCAGCAAUGACAUCGCCGCACAGAGGACCGGCUCCAUCGGCUCAGCUGGCCAGAGCAACAUCCAGGGAGUCUUCAGGUUCCUGACCCCCGAGGGCGAGACCGUCGAAGUGAGCUACACCGCCGACGAGAACGGCUAUCAGCCCCAGUCCGCCUUCCUGCCCACUGAGCACCCUCUCCCCGCCCACGUGUACGAGCUCCUCGCCAUCGCAGAGCAGCAGCGCGCACAGGGCAUCCAGUUCGACAACAGGGGUUUCCGAAUUAACUAAAGAAAAGAACGAAAAUAUGCCAUAACGACAAUUCUAUACUACAAUUUUCUGUAGAUGAAAAACUUUUACUUACAAUUUCGAGAUAGCAACCAGAUAAAACACAUUAAAAAAAACAACUCAUGUCACAUUUUGCAUUUAAAAUGAUACAUACAUUUCAACAUUAAAACACUGACCAUACAAAUUCUACUGCCUGGCUGUUAUCUCCAAUUGUACUCUUUAGCAAUAAAAACUUUAAAGAAA